AUGGCUAACCCAGAAUAGUAUAACAUUUUUUUUAAAUAGACUGAUAAGUACAUUUUUUGGCCAUUAGUGGUAUUUAAAUAUUUAUGUAUAAUUCCUAAUCAGCGACUACCUUUUCAAGCUUCUGCUUAUAGGCGACUCUUCAGUCGGGAAAUCUUCUCUCCUUUUAAGGUUUUCUGAAAAUAGCUACACUGAGUCUUUUGUCUCCACAAUCGGAGUUGAUUUUGUAAGUUUUACUUCAGAAAAUCAAAACAGUAGAACAUGAAGGAAAAAUAAUAAAAAUGCAGAUCUGGGACACAGCUGGACAAGAAAAAUUCCGAACUAUCACGUCUUCUUAUUAUAGAGGCGCUCAUGGGAUUAUCAUUGUUUAUGACAAUCUAUAAUGAAUAAACACCGGCUAUAUUUUUAUAAUAAAAAAGGCUAAUUAAUGCAAAUUUUAUAUGAUAUCACUGACCGGGAAUCAUUCACAAAUGUCAAUAACUGGCUAGGAGAGAUCCAACGCUAUGCAAGUGACAGCGUCAAUAGAUUACUUAUUGGGAAUAAAUGUGACCUUGAAGAAAAAAGAGCUGUUUCUUAUGAAGAAGGAAAACAGUUCGCUGACGGUCUUGGAAUCCCGUUUAUAGAAACCUCAGCAAAGACUUCUCAAAAUGUCGAACAGUCCUUUUUAAGAAUGGCAAGUGAAAUCAAAGGAAGAAUUGCGACAUCUACCACAUCUAGCCCACCAGGAACUGGAAGAGGGUCAAAGCUUACCUCUGGAAGAUCCAUUGCACAGCAGAAACAAGGAUGCUGCUAA